ACGACUCUCAAUUCUCGCGGACUAAAUUGGCGCAAAUUCGCGGUUUGGAUAAUCUUGUGAUCUUUGAUCUCAAAUUACCAAUCAUCACAGUCAAAUUUUCAAGUGAUUGAAAUGUGUUGAAAAACCUCAAAACAGAAUGAAAAGUUGUUCUAAAGUUGAGUGAAUAACACUGGAAAAAGGAAUUUUUCAAUAAUUUUAUUCUGUUCGAGAAGGACAAAUAAAAUUUCAUCGAAUAAGUGAUUGUGCAGUUUUCUCGCCUUUAUCUUUUUCGCAUAUUUGAGCUACAUACUUUACUCAAAGCCACAAAAGGAGCUUAAAAAAGAAAAAGGACAAUGGAAGACUUCUGCGGAGGUCCUCUUUGGGAUGACGAUCUCACGUGGGCAUCGGAAAAUCCAGAUUUUACGCCAUGUUUUCACAAAACCAUCAUGGUGUGGGUUCCAUGUGCGUUCUUUAUCUUAUUCGUACCUCUGGAGCUAUAUUUCAUUGCAAGUAGCAAAAAUGGCCGUAUUCCGUGGGGUUUUCUGAACAUAUCGAAAGGAAUUGGAACAUUCCUGCUCUUCACUCUGGCUACGGCGGACCUAGCCGUGGGAGCUGAUCUAUGGAUUGCAGACACUCCUGGAGUAUACCCGGUUCAUAUUGUAACGCCGGUCAUCCUUAUGGUCACCUUCAUCCUUUCCUUGACACUCUUGCUGCUUCACAAGAAGAGAGGAAUACGAUCAUCUGGCCUUAUGUUCCUUUUCUGGUUCUUCAUUUUCUUCCUUGCAAUCUUCCGCUUCCGUUCUCAGCUCAUGAAUUUCGAUCCAGAUGCGGAAACAGUGGAGGAACAAAUUGACUUCCACACCUACCAAUAUGCAAGUGUAAUCACGCACUUCUGCCUCUGCAUCAUCAUGUUACUGCUCAACUGCUUCUCCGAUUUGCCACCAGAAGAUCGAGUCAAAGUUGGAAAACCCAGUCCUGAAAAUUCAGCCAGUUUCCUUAGAAAACUCUUCUUCCAAUGGUUCGAUCCAAUGACCUGGAAAGGCUACAGAAAGCCACUGGAAGUGAGUGAUAUGUGGGAUUUAAAUGAGGAAGAUCAGACCCGCACCUUGGUUCCACCUUUCGACAAGUAUUGGUACGAUAGUGUACGGAAAAACCAAUCAAAAGAAGAUGCAAAAGCUAAUGCUAAGAAGAGCACACAAAAUGGAUACAGCAAUGGGUCUGCUUUUACACCAUCAAGUAAAAAUAAGGCUCAUGGUAAAACUAAUGGAUCUGUUCUGCCUGCUAUGGUAAAGGCUUUUGGAGGACCAUUCUGGUUUGCUGGAAUCCUUAAACUCAUCAUUGAUCUUUUGGCAUUUGCUUCUCCUCAAUUAUUGGGACUCUUGAUUCGUUUUACCAGCGAUCUGACUGAACCACUAUGGCGUGGUUUGUUCUAUGCAUUCCUUAUGUUUGCUGCAGCCUUACUUACACUGUUUCUUAACGGACAAUAUUUCCACUUAACUUUCCUUGUUGGAUUUAGAAUCCGUAGUGCCCUAAUAUCUGCCAUAUACCGCAAAGCAAUGAGAGUGUCUAGUUCAGCAAAGAAGGACACAACAGUGGGUGAAAUUGUCAACCUUAUGGCAGUGGAUGCACACAGAUUCUUUGAAUUGGUAUCAUAUUUACAUCUGCUAUGGUCUGGACCCCUCGUAAUGGCCUUAGCUCUUUAUUUUCUCUACGAUCUACUUGGAGCGGCCAUUUUCGCAGGUUUAGCCGUUAUGAUUCUUAUGAUUCCAUUUAAUGCUUGGAUUGCAGUAAAAUUGAGAGCUCUUCAGAUGGAGCAAAUGAAGAUAAAAGAUCAUCGCGUGAAGAUGAUGAAUGAGAUCUUAGGCGGUAUGAAAGUUCUCAAACUCUAUGCAUGGGAACCAAGCUUUGAGACCAACGUAAAGGAUAUUCGUGAGAAAGAAAUGAAAGUUCUCAUUAAGAUGGCAUAUUAUAGUGCAGGUACUUUCUUCGCAUGGACCCUGGCUCCAUUCCUCGUAUCUCUGGCUUGCUUUACAACAUACGUAUUUAUGGAGGAAGGAAAUGAUCUUACUGCAACAACGGCAUUCAUGUCACUCGCGCUUUUAAACAUUCUACGACAACCUAUGAUGAUGUUCCCAAUGAUUAUUACAAUGUCAAUGCAGGCUUUAGUCUCCAUUGAUCGUAUUAACAAAUUCAUGAACAACGAAGAACUCGAUCCUGAUAAUGUUACUCAUCAUCCCCAUAAGAGUGCUCUUGUCAUAGAGAAUGGUAUAUUCACUUGGGGUGAAGAUGAGGCAACGCUCAAAAAUAUUAAUUUGGAAAUUCCAAAAGGAGCUCUGACUGCUGUUGUUGGUCCUGUUGGCUGUGGAAAGAGUUCUUUGGUCAGUGCUCUACUAGGAGAAAUGGAGAAGAAACAGGGCAAUGUGAAUACAGUUGGAUCUAUCGCCUACGUUCCACAACAAGCCUGGAUCCAAAACGCCACACUUCAGGAUAAUAUCCUCUUCGGUAGAAAGAUGGAUCGUCAACAUUAUGACAAAGUGCUCGAGGCCUGUGCCCUAAAAUCUGAUAUUGAAAUGCUUCCUGGAGGUGAUCAAACUGAGAUUGGAGAAAAGGGAAUAAACCUCUCAGGUGGACAGAAGCAGAGAGUAUCACUGGCAAGAGCAGUCUACAGCAAUGCAGACAUUUAUUUGUUGGAUGAUCCACUUAGUGCUGUUGAUGCUCAUGUAGGCAAGCAUAUCUUUGAUAACGUCAUCGGGCCUAAAGGACUUUUAGCAGGAAAGACGAGACUUUUGGUUACGCAUGGUAUCUCCUAUCUGCCACAUAUGGAUGAAAUUUUGGUCAUUAGUGGAGGUGAGAUCAGCGAAAGUGGUCAUUACAAGGAGCUUCUAGCUCAGAGAGGAGCGUUUGCAGAAUUCCUUGUUCAACAUCUGCAAGAAAUGGAGGAAGACGAAGAUUUGGAAGAAAUCAAGGAUGUUUUAGCAAUUAAACCAGAGGGUCGACAAUUGCUUGAAAGAGCUCUAUCUGUUAGAUCCACGUCCUCAAAGGGUUCAAAGAAGGGUUCAAUGAGAAAGAGAACUAGCCAACUGGAAAAGGAUGGCGUAGUUGUUCCAAAGGUGGGAACAACUCUGAUUGAGAAAGAAGAAUCAGCUACAGGAAAAGUGAGCUGGGCCGUUUACAUCAAAUACUUCAAAGGCGUUGGUGUAUGGAUGACAUUUUGGGCUCUCCUUAUGAAUCUUCUAAAUCAAGGAUUUUCGGCUGGUGCUAAUCUGUGGUUAACACGUUGGGCUGAGGAUACAGAAGCUCAUCUUCCAGCAAACAGAGAUAUGUAUCUGGGUGUCUAUGGAGCUCUCGGUGGUGGUCAAGCUAUCACAUUGUUCUUCAGUACUAUAACCCUAGCUAUUGGUUGUCUCAACGCUGCCAAAUCUUUGCACCACAAACUUCUGAGCCACACGCUACGGUUACCAAUGGCUUUCUUCGAUACAACUCCUCUAGGACGGAUUAUGAACCGUUUCUCUAAAGAUGUGGAUAUUGCAGACAAUAUUCUGCCAAUGUCUGUUAGAUCUUGGAUCCUCAUGGCUUUCUCCGUCCUCUUCAUCUUCGUCGUUAUCAGUAUUACAACACCAAUCUUCAUGAGCGUGAUCAUUCCCAUCGGAAUAUUCUAUUACUUCAUUCAAACCUUCUACGUAGCUACCUCAAGACAACUCAAAAGAAUAGAAUCAGUAACGAGGUCACCAAUAUACUCCCACUUUGGUGAGAGUCUUACAGGACAAGCAACAAUAAGAGCAUAUAGUAAACAAGAUGGUUUUACGAAGCAAAAUGAGGACAAAGUUGAUUUUAACCAGAUGUGCUCAUACCCCAGCAUCAUUGCCAAUCGUUGGUUGGCAGUUAGGCUGGAACUUGUGGGAAGUUUAGUGAUCUUAUUCGCAUGUUUGUUCGCCGUUCUUGGACGUGAGGAUAUUGAUCCAUCCCUCGUAGGACUCUCUGUUACGUACGCCUUGCAAACGACUCAAAUUCUCAAUUUUAUGGUGAGGAUGACUGCUGAAGUGGAAACUAAUAUUGUAGCUAUUGAGAGAAUGGAAGAAUACUCUGAUGUACAAAAAGAAGCCGAAUGGGAGAAGGGAGAACGCGAUCCUCUCUGGCCAAAGGAAGGAAGAGUGGAGUUUGAUAACUUCCAAGUGAGAUACCGUGAAGGAUUGGAUUUGGUACUCAAAGGAAUCACUUUCUCUGUGCAAAGUUGCGAAAAGGUUGGGAUCGUCGGAAGAACUGGAGCUGGAAAGUCUAGUUUGACUCUCGCUCUCUUCAGAAUCAUUGAAGCUGCUGGAGGAAAGAUUACCAUCGAUGACAAAAAUAUUGGAGAACUCGGUCUUCACAAUCUCCGAUCUCGUCUCACAAUUAUUCCUCAAGAUCCAGUUCUCUUUUCUGGUACGUUGCGCAUGAACAUCGAUCCCUUUAACUCUUACAGCGACGAUGAAAUUUGGCGAGUCCUGGAACUCUCUCAUCUGAAGCACUUCGUGAAGGGACUACAAGCUGGACUUCAGCAUGAAAUUGCCGAAGGAGGUGAUAAUUUAUCCGUUGGACAGCGUCAGCUAAUCUGCUUGGCCAGAGCACUGCUGCGUAAGACGAAAGUUUUGGUUCUUGACGAAGCUACUGCCGCAGUUGAUCUGGAGACGGAUGAUCUGAUCCAGAAAACAAUCCGAUCCGAAUUCUCUGAUUGCACCAUCCUCACAAUUGCUCACAGAUUGAACACCAUCAUGGAUUCGGAUAAGGUCAUUGUGCUCGACAAGGGUCAGAUAGCAGAGUUCGACAGUCCUACAAAUCUACUCCAAAAUCCCAAUUCAAUCUUCCAUAGUAUGGCUAAAAAUGCAGGAAUUUUGGGUAACACCAAUAACACCGCGAGUAGUUGAAGUUAUUUUUAUUGAAAGUGGAGUUCAUGGAGUUAGAACUAGAAAUUAGCUUGUAGAAGUUUGUGUAUAUAUUUAGAAGGCAAAAGGAAUUGGUUUUUAAACACCAAUUAAUGUGACGACUGAUUAACAAAUUAGUAAAGAAUUUUACAGUCGAGGAAAGAAUAUAAAAUAUCGUACUUAAUGACUCAAAUAAUUUUCGGCUUAAUUUUACCUCAUACUAUUCAUAGAUAAAGGCCAUUUAAUGUUAAUAGUUUAGCAAACAAGAAUUUUUCUUACUUUUCAGUAAGAAAAAUCAUUUUAUUUUUGGCAGCGAAAUAGUUAUUGUUGUUAAACUACCUCACAGAAGCAAAACGCAUGUAUGUAAUUUAUAUGUAGGUAUUUAUGUGAUUGUUUGCGAGUGUUGAAAUAAAAUUUUUGAUUUCUAAU